AUGUCUACAAUCAAUCAACCGGAGUCGGGGCCAACCUCCACCAGAGAUAACCAACCCCCAUUCACAUCUUCUCCGCAGGAUCUACAGCCCACAGCAUCGACCACAGAGCUCGAAGCCAAAUCAGACCUCGUCGCUGAUGCGUCCAUCUCAUCUGUCCAUGGCCAAACACGUGCAAACCAGGCCCAGAUUCACCCCGCAACUGGCUUCAGUGGCGAAACUGAAUUCGCCCCCGUGACAGCACCACCUACAACUAACCCUCCUCAGACUGUCGAUAACGCACCCGCGGUCGCGCUGGCACAACAACACGCACCACCUUCAAUGGAUACUAAAGAGCCAAAGGCUGCGCCCGAGAGCUCAGCAGAGCACUCCGAUGACGGCUCCAGGAAGGAAGUCGAGGAGGAGGCUGAUGCAGGCCCGUCGCUGGUGAUCACCCUGCUGCUGACGACAGGGUCGCGACACCCGUUCACUAUCGAUGGGAAUUAUCUAAGGAAGCGAUCGGUGAAUGUUGAGAACUUUGAUCCGUUUUUGAUGAGCGUCUACACCCUUAAGGAGUUGAUCUGGCGCGAAUGGAGAUCCGAUUGGGAAAGCCGUCCGUUGUCACCGAGCUCUAUCCGUCUUAUCUCGUUCGGGAAGUUGUUGGAUGAUAACUCGCCUGUUUCUGACUCUAGGUUCAGCAAGGAACAUCCAAACGUCGUCCACAUGACCGUCAAACCACAAGAAGUCGUCGACGAAGAAGACGCCAAGGGAGCAAAGCCACAGUACAGCCGAGAUGGCGAAACCACUACGGGUCUCAAGUGUGGACGGCCUGCCACUGCCUCCUGA